UACUUCCACACUACAGAAGAAAAAGCAGCUUUUACAUCAUCUAAAACAUGAACGCUAAAAAAAUUAAGAAGAGCACUGGAUUAAUGUCUCAAACAAAACCUCCCUCUCUCUUUCUCUCUUCUCAAAUGACUACUGCAGGCUCAUCAAACGUUUUUCUGAGCGCUUCCGAGGCGAGGAUACAAGAUUAUGAGUACUUGUGUGCAAUAAAUACUAAUGUAUCCAACUUUGUUUCGGUUAAACUUUCAGGCAGCCACAAUUACCUUCUUUGGAAAGCACAAAUGGUAUGCCUGUUAGACAGUAAGAAUAUGUGUGGCAUCGUAGAUUCCACAUUUGCGACACCAAGGUUUUCUGGGACAGAGAUAAUGAGACAAUACGACAGUCUUGUGAGAGGCUGGAUUUUCGGUUCUGUUACUGAUGAUGUUCUUGUAGAUGUCAUCCAUCUCGAUUCUGCCAAAGCUGCUUGGGAUAAGCUGAAAUCCAUCCAUGAUCCAACUGACGUCCGAAACAAGAAGAAAAUGGAGUGGUCUAUUCUCCCUGUGAGGUUUCCUGAUAAUGUAUGGGAUGCGAUCGACAAUUUGGAGUACUCUGAUGCUACUGUGAUGAAAACGAUCAAAACCAAUGCAGAGUCAUGUAGCAUUACUGCUGCACUUAUAACCGCAAUUACAUUUGCAGCUGGAAUUAACAUGCCAGAUGUAAGCAAUAAAGAAAUGGGGAUCUCAGCUUUCAAGGAGAAAAUAGCACUGAUUAUCUUUGUCAUAUCAAAUGCAAUCUCACUAUUUGCAUCCAAUACAGCAUUAUUAGUAUUCUUGUCUAUCCUGACAACACAUUUUGCCGAGAGAGACAAACUACAAAGUUUGCCAAGGAGAUUGUUUAUUGGAAUUUUCUCCUUCUUCCUUUGUAUUGCAGCUAUGAUGGUAGCACUCAGUGCAACCUUGUUCCGUGUCUUUUGUGAUCCAAAUCCAUGGAAGCUUGUUAUGAUAUCUGGAUUACUUUUUAUUGCGAUUGCUUUUUUCGUUGCCGUACAAUCCCCCCUCGUGGUGGAUCUUUUCAAGGGGACAUAUUUAGGCAUCUUUGGUAAACAACAGAAAAGACAUGCAGUUAGAGAUUCUAAUUAUUACAAGAAUUUACGUGAAGUCACUAUAAACGGGGACUGGUCAGAAGUAGAAUCCAUGCUGCAAAAACAAGAGCUAGUGACCGAGCAAAUCAGCAGUGAUGGCUGCACCACUUUACAAUUGGCAGCAGAAACAGGGACAAAGGAAAAUGACGUAGGAUACAACAAUGCCUUCAAUGAUGAUUUUAAUGGAGAUCCUGUCGAUGUUGAUGAAGAUGGUGAAGCUGCUCUUUCAUUAGGUGAAAAAGCUGACCAAGAAGAAGCAAUUUGUGAGUUGUUGGAUAUUGCGAAAGCAGGAAGCUCAUUUCAACGAAUGGUUUUUGGUUAUCUUCCUUUAGCUGUACCUGCAAGACGGUUGGAUAUGGUCCGACCGACUGUUGAACAGCCUGUGCUAAACCUGCUUUCAAGGCAUAAGGUUGAGUAUGUAUGUCUUCUAGUACACAACAACUGUAAAUCAAGUACAACUUAUUAUACUGCUGCUUUGGAUUUUAAUCGGUCCACACACAAUUCUCAUGCAAAGACGUUACAAGUCUUGAAUUUAGCCAACAAAGGAAGCAAUCUGAGGGUUUUCACAGUUGCUGAGCUCAAGACAGCUUCUGAAAACUUUUGCACAGCUUCGAAGAUCGGGGAGGGUGUGUUUGGGAGUGUAUAUAAGGGUGUGAUCAAGAGUUUGGACCACCAUCCUAUGCAGGUGGUUGUGAAGCUCACCAAUGAAUUAUUGCAGGGGCAGAAAGAGUGGGAAACAGAGAUUAAUGUUCUUGGGGUGAUUGAGCAUCCAAAUCUUGCAAAACUAAUCGGUUACUGUGCAGAAGAUACUGAACCUGCUGUACCUGCAAGACGGUUGGAUAUGGUCCGACCGACUGUUGAACAGCCUGUGCUAAAUCUGCUUUCAAGGCGUAAGGUUGAGUAUAUAUGUCUUCUAGUACACAACAACUGUAAAUUAACCUGGAGUCCACUUGUACCAGCAGAAGCAAACACAAGAGUGGUUAAGAUCAGCUCCAUGAUGAAUUCGGAGACGAAGGAGAUGAAUGCUAUGAAGAAGAUUAUGAAUACUUUUGAUAAUUACAUGAAUGCUCAGAGGACGCGUUACCAGACUUCUUACGUGUUUGUUGAAGAAGGCGCAAAUUCAGUAGAAGCAAAAAUGGGAAUCGAGACAACAGAACCUGGAACGGAAGAAGAUGACGUUAGUUAUUAUGAUGCUUUCAGUGUUGACAAAGGUUAUGAUGUUUAUCAAGAUGAUGACUAUGAACUUUCAUUUGGUGAAAGAGAUGAUCAAGAACAAACAAUCUGUCGCUGUUGCCAACCAAAAGAUGAAACAGAAUGGAAUGUUGAUAAGGCUUUUGAUGCCAAACUUAAUGAUGUUAAGAGGGAAGAAGUAGAGGAGGAAGUUAAACUAUCAUUCGGUGAAAAAGAUGAUCAAGAACAAACAAUCUGUUGUCAGCUAGAUGAUGAAAUGGAAUCGAAUGUUGAUAGGGAUCGUUAUGAUGUUGAUGCUGAUCCAGAUGAUAAAGGUUGCUUUAAUCACAGGAUUUUAUUCUUGAGGGUGUCGCAGUCUCCGAAUGUGGAACAGUUAAGGCAGAGGAUUUUGGGGUUUCUUUCAGAAAGCAAGUUUAAUGGCUGCUCUGAUAUAGUUCCACAAUGGACACCUGGAUAUAAUAGUUUGAAUACAGUGACGCCUACCCUUGUUGUAUUGGAUGAUGUUUGGUUGCUUCAAGUUCUGGAACAGCUUAUAUUUAAAGUUCCGGGUUGCAAAACUCUUGUGAUUUCGCGUAUUAAGUUUACGCCUUCGGUUAUGAACGCAACUUAUGAGUUGGAGUUGCUCACGACAGAAGAUGCAGUCUCACUUUUCUGUCACAUUGUUUUUGGGAGAACAUCAAUUCAUCCUUGUGGAGAUCUAAUAAAACAGGGUUGGGAGAAAUGUAAAGGGCUUCCUUUGGCUCUUAAAGUUAUUGGAGCUUUACUUAGACACCGGCCUGAAAAGUACUGGUUCGGGGCCAAGAACCGGCUAUCGCGAGCCCAACCGGUAGAUGACUGCCAUGAAAGUGAAUUACUCAAUCGAAUGAGACUAAGAUUUGGGUUUGGGUGUUCUCCAGAAGACAAAAAGGCGGAGGUGAAUUUUAUAGGAAGGCUUUCGCAACCUAACCUUGUUAAACUAUUGGGUUAUUGUGACAAGGGUAACGAGUUGCUACUGGUAUAUGAGUUUAUGCAGAAAGGGAGCUUGGAAAACCAUUUGUUUGGAAGAGGGUCCACAGUUCAGCCAAUUCCGUGGGAUAUCCAGCUCAAAAUUUCAAUUGGAGCAGCUCGGGGCCUAGCAUUCUUGCACACUUCAGAGAAACAAGUUAUAUAUCGAGAUUUUAAACCGUCCAACAUUUCGUUAGAUGGGUCUUAUAAUGCGAAGAUAUCCGACUUUGGGCUUGCUAAAGUUGGGCCGUCGGCUACUCAGUCACAUGUAACGACACGGGUCAUGGGAACUUAUGGCUAUGCUGCUCCAGAGUAUGUUUCCACAGACCGUACCACAUUGGUUUUAGGAGAAGGUGGUUUUGGAUGGGUUCAUAAAGGAUGGCUUGAAGACAAAUCAAGUUCAAAAAGUUUUGUAAUUGCUGUCAAGAAAUUGAAUUCUGAGAACAUGCAAGGAUUGGAAGAGUGGCAGACAGAAGUGGAUUUUAUAGGAAGGCUUUCGCAUCCGAACCUUGUGAAACUAUUGGGAUAUUUAUAUAAGUUUAUGCAGAAAGGGAGCUUGGAAAACCAUCUGUUUGGAAGAGGGUCCACAGUUCAGCCAAUUCCGCGGGAUAUGCAGCUCAAAAUUUCAAUUGGAGCAGCUAGGGGGCAUGCGUUUUUUGACACUUCAGAAAAACAAGUUGUUUAUCGAGAUUUCAAAGCUUCCAACAUUUUGUUAGACGGGUCUUAUAAUGCGAAGAUAUCCGACUUUGGGCUUGCUAAAGUUGGGCCGUCGGCUACUCAGUCACAUGUAACGACACGGGUCAUGGGAACUUAUGGCUAUGCUGCUCCAGAAUAUGUUUCCACAGACCGUACCACAUUGGUUUUAGGAGAAGGUGGUUUUGGAUGGGUUCAUAAAGGAUGGCUUGAAGACAAAUCAAGUUCAAAAAGUUUUGUAAUUGCUGUCAAGAAAUUGAAUUCUGAGAACAUGCAAGGAUUGCAAGCAUGGCAGACAGAAGUGGAUUUUAUAGGAAGGCUUCAACAUCCAAACCUUGUCAAACUAUUGGGAUAUUGUUACCAGGCUAACGAGUUGCUACUGGUAUAUGAGUUUAUGCAGAAAGGGAGCUUGGAAAACCACCUAUUUGGAAGAGGGUCGACAGUUCAGCCAAUUCCGCGGGAUAUGCAGCUCAAAAUUUCAAUUGGAGCAGCUCGGGGGCAUGCGUUUUUUCACAUUUCAGAAAAACAAGUUAGUUAUCGAGAUUUCAAAGCUUCCAACAUUUUGUUAGACGGGUCUUAUAAUGCAAAGAUAUCCGACUUUGGGCUUGCUAAAGUUGGGCUGUCGGCUACUCAGUCACAUGUAACGACACGGGUCGUGGGAACUUAUGGCUAUGCUGCUCCAGAGUAUGUUUCCACAGGUAGUUGGGACACUUGGAUACGCAGCUCCAGAGUACAUCCAAACAGGAAGCCUGAAUUGGUGCAUGUGAAAAUGGUUUUUAUAGGAAGUCUUCAGAUGAUACUUUAAUAUGUUAUGUGCAUUUCUCAAUGGUUCUUACAACUAAUAUGUAAUGUUUUAAAAUAUCAUUUGAAUGAUAUGUGAUCAAGUUUGUAUGCU